ACAUUACUUGUGAUAUUUCAGCGCUCCUAAAGAUAAAAUAUUCUUUAACGAAAGAGUGUCAUUGCGCUUUUUCAACGCUGUUCCUGACACGUAGCCUGCUGCCUUGCUCGACACUGAGCCUGCGCUGUAAUAGCAUUUCCAUAGGGGACUUUUUGUAAAUAUAUAUAUAUAAAUAACAAUUAUUCCUAGAUGUAAAGAUGUCAACAAAUAUCCGUUUUUAUCUUCUAUUGUGUUAUUUCAUGUCGUUUUGGUUUGAUAUUUUUUGGUGUGUUUACUUCAAAGCCGAGCUAAACGGGUGACAUUUGAUCAUUUAGGCCAAGGCUGUGGAGGCUCCUUUGUGGUAAACUUUAUUAAAUCUACUGCUUAUUAAUAUAUUUGAUCAUAGCUUCUCGUUUGUGAUGGAUAUAACCUCUUAUUUCUAACGUAGUGUAGUGUAUUAGCCUCCAUUUUAGCCAUGCUAUUAACCUGACUUGUCCCAUGAGUUAUAUGGGUCAUGAAGUUAAAUUUUUUUUUUGCAUAGUGACUUCCUCAUGUCAGACUCCAUUUAUCAUCCUUAAAAUCCUGCACUCAUUUAAUUUUUGUAAAGAUUUGCACAAUUAAAAUUUUUAUUUUUUUUUGUAAUUGCACUUUUUCCUCUUUUGUAAUUAUGAUUGAUUGUCCCACAUACAUCUCAAAUCUCAGACUAGUUUAUAUCCUGUCACGUGGCCCAGUUAUUUUUCUACGGUGUCGUAAAUCUAUAAUAAUUUGUUCAGCUUUUCUUUUUUUUUGCCUUCUGAAGUUGAAUAUGGGCUCAAAGGAAUAACAGGACCAAACGCAAUGCAUUUCGUGUUUGCACAGACGUGCUGAUAACUCAUUCUGUUCUCAAGGACUGUGUCUGCUGUAUUUGUAUGUGCAUGCAAAACCUGGGGUAAGGAGAGAAGGACCGAGUGAAAAUACACUUGCGCAAGUAGCCGCAAGGCAUAUGCUGACAUUCCGAAAAUGUGCAGAAUAGCAGAGAGGCACAGCUGCUGAAGACAGUUGCAGGUAAUCUCGACGUCCUGAAUUCCUCAGGUGUCAGUCUUUGGCCGUCUUCUGCAUUUUUUUUGUUGAAAUGUCGUCCACCUCAGCCGUCCCAGCACUCGACACCCUCUCCAUGUCCUCACUGCUGUCUGGGGAGCUGGAGGAUGGGAAAGAGGGUGAGGAUGGUGAACUGGGUGACCUGGAAGUGAACCCUUAUGAUGGUUUGCCCUUCUCAUCACGUUAUUACUCCCUACUGGAGGAACGGCGGACUCUGCCCAUCUGGGGACUGAAGUACAACUUGCUAGAGCUGCUGGAGACUCAUAGCAUGGUGGUGCUGAGUGGAGAGGCUGGCAUGGGCAAGAGCACACAAGUGCCUCAGUGGUGUGUGGAGUACGCACUCUCUCUGCAGUUUACUCAGGGUCUAGUUUGCUGCUGUCAGCCGUACUCAGCAGCAGCUUGUAGCUUGGCCAUUCGUGUAGCUGAUGAGAUGGACUUGAGUCUGGGGCUCGAGGUUGGUUACAGGGUCCCUCACGAUGACAGCUGCACACCAGACACUUUACUACGCUUUGUCACGGAUGCACUGCUGCUGGAAGAGAUGAUGUCGGACCCCCUGCUGCGGCGCUACGGCGUGCUGGUGGUGGACGAGGCGCAGGAGCGUACCGUGGCCAGUGACGUGCUCCUGGGCCUGCUGCGUGACGUGUGUCGGCAGCGUACAGAGCUUCGUGUGGUGGUGCUUGCUACGCCCCCUGUGGCUGAUAGCAUGGCAGACUUUCUGGGCGAAGAAGUGCCUCACCUGAAAGUCCCACCUGCGCCGGACCGGACUGUUGCAGAAACGCUAUACAGAGAUCCACAAGCUGGCAGAGACCCGGCCACAGCCGCAUGCCACAUGGUGCUGGAUCUGCACCGACGAGGAGAGGAAGGAGAUAUACUAGUGUUCCUGCCCAGUGCACAGGAAAUUGGUGAUUGUGCGGCUCUGCUGGAGAAGGAGUGUGUAGCUCUGAGCCCACAGCUGGGCGCGUUGCGGGUUCUGCCGCUCCACACGGGCCUCGGUGCGGCCACUCAGCAUGUUUACACAGCAGACGGAGAUGACAGCCAAGCUGAAACAGAAGAAGACGAUAAGGCUGGACCAUGUUUAAGACGCAGGGUCAUACUUUCAGACGUUUUGGGAGAGGCCUCGUUCUCUUUGCCCAGUGUCCGUUACGUCAUCGAUACAGGACUCGAACUCAAAACCGUGUACAAUCCACAGAUUCGAGCUGACUCCCAGGUUCAGCGGCCAAUCAGCAAGCACCAGGCAGAUGCCCGCUCUCAGAAAGUGAACAGCACGCUGCCGGGCGUGUGUUUUCGUCUCUACCCCCAAUCCCUGUAUGACGAGGGAAUGCCUGAAGCUCGGUGUCCCGGAGUAGCCGAGGCUAACCUCAGCCACCUGGUCCUCUUUCUCAAAAGACUGGACAUCGCAGACAUGGGCCAGUGCAAGUUCCUGGACCGGCCAGCUCCAGAGGCGCUGAUGCAGGCUCUCGAGGACUUGGAUUACCUGGCUGCGCUAGACGAUGAUGGCAACCUGUCAGAGGUGGGCAUUAUCAUGUCCGAGCUACCUCUGGAGCCACCGCUGGCCAGAGCCCUUAUCGCAGCCUGCGAGUUCGACUGUGUCAGUGAACUUCUGACCAUCGCUGCAAUGCUUACCGCUCCGUCAUGCUUUGUGACUCCUCCACCCAAUAAAGAGGAAGCAGCAUUAACUCAUAGACGCCCCCUUCUGCACCCAGAUGGAGACCAUCUGACCCUCAUUAACAUCUACAAUGCCUACCUACAGCACAAUAAGGAUGAAGCCUGGUGCAACACUAACUUCCUGAACGCCUCUGCAUUGCGAUUGGCUGUGGCUAUAAGGGCGGAGCUACUCGAGGUGAUGCAGCGAAUCGAAUUGCCUGUUUCGCCGCCCGCCUUCGGCUGCCAGGACAAUACUACUAAUAUAAAGCGGGCUCUCAUCUCCGGAUUCUUCCUUAAGGUUGCCCAUGACGUAGAUGGAUCAGGGAAUUACUUACUGCUGACGCACCGCCACGUGGCUCACCUGCACCCUUUCUCCUCGUACCUGAGCCGCCGGCCACGUCUUAGUCCUCCCUGCUGGGUCCUCUAUCAUGACUUCACGAUCUCUCACGACAACUGCAUCUGCACCGUCUCUGAAGUUCAUCCACACAUGUUGGUGGAAUUAGCACCACAGUACUAUUUGGAGAACCUUCCUCCCAGCGACGGCAGAGACUUAUUAAUGGAUAUCAGACAAAGUCUGUUUCCACCAGAAGAUCAGGAGAACGGAGAGGCUGAAGACGAAGCACACGGAGAGCGAUCAGGAGAGCAUCGAGACCAGUACAGUACAGAGAUGUGUGUGCUGCAGUGAUACACUCAGGGGUGCGGCAGACCCUCUCACUUUGCACUUUGGGAUUUCCUGAGCCUAAUAUACACUACCGGUCAAAAGUUUAGACACGCUCAUUCUUUAUUUUUAUAUUUUUCCUCACAUUUUAGAAUAAUAAAAAAAAAGUCAUGAAAACUCUGUAAUAACUCAAAAUAAUUUAAUAUUUUAGCAACUUCAGUAGACCCGCUUUUUGUCUAGAAUUUUCUCACCCGAUUUCUUGAGGAAUUUCCCUGAGAUGCUUUUUAAACAGUAUUAAAGGAGUUCACACCUACGCCGGACACUUACUGGCUGCUUUUCGGAAUAUUUCGCUCCGAGUCAUCCGUUUCAAAAAUACUUUUUUGUGAAUAAAACGUUACUUUUCCAAUGAAAGAAAUGUUGACAGUUAUAAUUUUGUGUACAACACCGAUUUCAAACAUUUAAUCACACACCUUCAGAUCAGAUGAUCUUUAAGAUCAUGAGAAACUUCUCAGUCGAGUGUCCACAAACUUUUGACCGGUAGUGUAUUACAUACGUGAUAUAGUCUCACUCUUUUUGGGUUCGGUGUAGCACAUAAAAGCAAGAGGUGAGCAAAAUCAGAGUUUCAGUUUAGUUUCUUUCAUUUUUGCUAUGAAGUGCUUGCUUUAGUACAGGCAAGCUCAUUGGGAUCCUGGUUAUGCAGGAAAAACAACACAGAACAUGAGAUCAAUUUAAAUACUGGAAAUGCAUCAAGCAAUAAUAACAAGACUUGAGCUCCUCAAACAACUAAAACUAGUAAUGUUUAUCAUUCUUUUAGCGGAUAGUUCGACCAUGUGCUUCUAACACUACAUUUAUUGAGAUGAGAUUUCAGCUUCAUCAGAUCUGGUGAUAUUUUAAUCCAGACUGUAUGUUUUGCCCUUAAUUGCUUGUUGUGAAUAGAUGAAGCUCAAGUCCUUCCCUUGCCUUCUUCUCAUGGAUGUAUAAAGUAUUUUAAGUAGAAUAAUAAUUCAGGAUGUCAUGAGCCUUGAGAACAGACUUGAGAUUGAUCUCUGGAUUCUUCUUGGGGUUGUUUACACAAACUCUCUUGUUGAAUGUUGCUUCCAUUUUGUUGGCGAAGGAUUUUUUUCUACUACCUAUUCUUUUGUAGUUUUUACCUUUUUCUGAAAAAUUUUGUGGCUACUUUUUGUGUGUAUAUUAAAGGUAUAAAUAUUUAAUUUCUCUCAUAAUACUCUAAGAUUAUAGCACGACAAAAUCUGUAUAUUCUGUCUUUGCGAUAAAAGUUUGUUGAACUUUUAGUUCGUCUCAGCCCCACUGCUCAUGAAAUGAGAUGUAGGAUGUUUUUUUUUUUUUGUGCUAUGUAAUAAAAUACCAAAUUUCUGCUUCUUUCUA